AAAGAAUUAAUAAUAGUAACAACUAACAAUAGGAAAAAAUAAAAAAAAAAAAAUGAAGUCCAUCUUUGCCUCCAUUGCCAUCGUUCUCUCCGGAUUCGCAGUCUUGUCUGAAGCCCAUAUUUCCUUCCGUUACCCUUGUCCUCGUCGUGGUCCUUACAGUGAAUGCCCACGUCCCGGCCCUAAUGAAUGGAAUUUGGUUGAUUACGAUAUCCGUACGCCUUUAGGCACUUAUGGAAGCAUCGUAUAUCCUAUGUGCAAGUGGUCAUCAUCCUUUGCUGGUACCCGGCCUAUAUUCCAGGCUGGUCAGACAGUAAACACUGUUAUCGACAUUGGAGCCUAUCACAAAGGCGGAAGUUGUCAGUUCGCUCUCUCCUAUGAUAAUGGCUCUACCUGGGUUGUCUUCCAGGACAAGCUCGCAACUUGCAUGGCUGAUGCUAGCAACGGUCAACAAUACCAAUUGCCUAUUACCAUCCCGGCCAGCGCUCCAUCCGGCAAUGCUGUCUUGAACUUGAUCUGGAACAACAACGAGGGUAACCGUGAGUUGUACUCUUCUUGCGCUGAUAUUGUCAUCCAGGGUACCAAUGGUGGAUCACUCUCUGGCGUCGCUCCUUUGAUUGCCAACUAUGGCCCCAACUCAGUUUUCCUUCCAGAACUUGCUUUGGCCAAGGGCGACUAUGGCAAGAAACACUUUGAUGCUCGCAAACCCAUUACUGUCACCGUUCCUAGACAAACCGCCAUCACUAAGCGCCGUCUGAAGAACCGCUCUGCAUAAAUAAGUUGUAACUAGAGAGUUUUUAAUGAAACCACUUUCUUUUUCUUUCCCAGGGGCGUUAUCCGCUUUGAUAGUGAACACUCUCGAAAGACUUGAAUGGGUAUCUGGCAUACUCAUUUAUACAAAUAUAUAAAACAUUAACAGUAGUAAU